AUGGUCAAAAUGUCAUUGCCUUUGAUAAUCCUUUUCGUCUUUCUAUCUUUGAUCAUGAUUAACCAUCUUCAAGCGGCUAGUCCUAAAACAUGGUGUGUAGCAAAAAUGACAGCAACGACUGCGCAAUUACAAGAAAAUAUUAUUUUGGGAUGUAAAGAAGUUGAUUGUACGCCAAUCCGACCUGGUGGAUACUGUUUUAAUCCUUAUACUCUUUUAAAUCAUGCUUCGUUUGCGAUGAACGCAUAUUAUCAAAGCCAUAAUCGUACCCAAGAAGCUUGUAGUUUUAAAAAUACUGGCGUAUUUACUAUGAUAGAUCCUAGUUUUGGUACUUGUAAGUAUGGUGCUUAGAAAUAUUUAAGGGGUCUUAAAGA